AUGAUAGUUGGUCAAAAAUUCUUUCAGCAUCUCCAGUUGUUAGUCAUUGUGCUAUUUCUGAGCUGGAGAGCCACUUUUGAGCACUCUACAGGGACGGAAGUUGGUAUCAAGUGCUUAGAGAAGGAGAGAGAAGCUCUUCUCAAGUUCAAAGAUGAGCUUAUUGAUGAAUACGGCAAACUCUCUUCUUGGGGAAGUGAAAAAUAUAAGAAGGAUUGCUGCAAAUGGAGGGGUGUCACUUGUGAUAAUCAAACUAAUCAUAUUGUUGAGUUGAACCUCCUUGGUAUGUCUUUAAGAGGUAACUUUAGCAUCUCCUUGCUUGAAAUACAACACUUGAAAUAUCUAGACCUCAGUUACAAUGAUUUUAGUGGGGAAAUUCCUCAUCAUCUUGGCAACCUUUCUGAAUUGAAUUCUCUGAGUCUUGGCUCAUCUAAUGAUGGUUCACUAACUAGCACAAGUCUUGAUUGGCUUUCUCGACUUAAUUCAUUAAAUGACCUGUCAUUUUACUAUGUUAACCUCACAAUGGCAACCGAUUGGUUACAAACAAUAACUAAGCUUACUAAGCUCCAACUUUUAGAAUUAUAUUCAUGUAACCUGUCAAUGGUACUUCCUCCCUCACCUUUCAAUGCUUCUAAUUCUCUUUCUUUCAUUAUACUCUCGGGAAAUGAGUUCUCUUCUUCUUGGAUAUUUCCUUUGGUGUUUAACUUAAGCAGUAGCCUUCAUUUCCUUGGCCUCUUUUCCAACAAAUUGCAAGGUGAGAUUCCAGUAUCCUUGAGGAAUAUGACUAGUUUAGCUGGUUUAGAUUUAUUUAAUAACCAAUUCACAGGGGAAGUGCCUCAUCUUGCAUUACCUUCCUCGUUGGAUUACUUGGAUCUUUCUUACAAUAUGUUUACUGGUACCGUGACCCGAUGCAUAGGAAGCCUUUCCAAACUCCGACGUCUCUCUCUUAAUUCAAACAACUUUGAAGACAUAAUCACUGAAUCACUUUUCUUUAAUCUUUCCCAUUUACUAAUGUUGGACUUGUCUUACAACCAAGGUAUCUCGUUCAAUAUCAGUUCAGGAUGGAAUCCUCCUUUUCAACUGAUAUAUGUAUUUUUAUCAGGUUGCAAAGUGGGUCCACAUUUCCCCGCAUGGCUUAGAACACAAAAGAGAUUAGAGUAUCUUGAUAUCUCUAAUGCUGAAAUUUCAGACACCUUCCCCGAUUGGUUUUGGAAGUCAAGUCCAAAACUACGGAAUUUAAAUGUAUCACAUAACAAUUUUCAUGGUGUCCUUCCUGAUUUGUCGUCAAGUGGAUUUGUCGAGUAA